CCAUUGACUUUGAGGACGUGGUGGUCAAAUUCUCCCCAGAGGAAUGGGCUGUUCUGGAUCCUGAUCAGAGGGCCCUGCAUGUACAGGUCAUGGAGGAGACGCGUGGGAUCGUGGCAUCUCUUGAUAACAAGAGGAAGAAAAUUGUCAGCAUCAAAUGCGGGAAGCAUAUUGGACACAAACAAGAUCUUAUCAGGCACCAGAAAGCCCAGACAGAAAAGGAAAAUUAUAGCAGAGAAAAACCCUUCGAGUGCAACACAUGUGGAAAAUGUUUUGCCCGAAAUAUGGCCUUUGUGCUUCACAAGAGGCUCCAUGCUGCGAAAAAACACUUUAGAUGCAAAAUCCCAUGGAAAGGGUUUGAUUACAAAUUACAUCAUCUAAGUCAUCAAGAAAUCUCCAAUGGAAAGAAAACACACAAUUGCCAAGAGUGUGGAAAGAACUUUGCUUACCCUUCAAUAUUAAUGAUCCAUGAGAGAGUCCACGGAGGAGGAAAACAAUACAGAUGUGAGAAAUGUGGUAUCUGCUUUGCUCACAGUUCUUCCCUGGAGUGCCACAAGAGAGUUCCCACAGGAGAGAAACCAUACCAAUGCCAGGAGUGUGGGAAGUGUUUUUCUCACAGUUCGCACUUUCUGCGGCACAGGAGACUUCACACAGGAGAGAAACCAUACAAAUGCCAAGACUGUGGCAAAGGUUUUUCUCAGAAAUCACACCUUCAAGGCCAUCAGAAAAUCCACACAGGAGAAAAAGCAUACAAAUGCCAGGAGUGUGGGAAAUGUUUUGCUUGCAAUGCAUAUCUUGUGAUUCACCAACGUCUCCACACAGGAGAGAAACCAUACAAAUGCCCAGAAUGUGGGAAAUGUUUUGCUCGGAGAUCAUAUCUUUGGAAUCAUAAGAAGUUCCACACAGAGGGUAAACCAUGUAACUGCCAGGGGUGUGAAAAAUGUUUUUUAAAAGAUGCAACACUUGAAAGCCACUGGAGAACCCACAAAGCAGAGAAACCACAUCAGUAUCAGAAAGGUGGGGAAAGUUUUGCUCAGAAAGCACAUUUUCUACAUAACUGGAGAAUCAACACAGAAGAGAAACCAUACAUAUGCCAGGAAUGUGGGAAGUGUUUUGAUCAGGAAGAACACUUUCUCGAUCACAGAAAUAUCCAUACUGGGGAGAAACCAUACAAAUGCCAGGAGUGUGGGAAAUGUUUUGCUCAGCUUUCCUCUCUCGGGCACCACAUGAGACUACACACAGGGGAGACACAAUAUAAAUGCCAGGAAUGUGGGAAAUGUUUUCCCUGCACUUCACACUAUUUGAGGCACGCACGGCUUCACACGGGAGAGAAACCAUACGAAUGUCAGGACUGUGGGAAAUGUUUUGCUCAAAAGGCACAUCUUCUAGGCCACCGGAUAAUCCACACAGGAGAGAAGCCAUACAAAUGUACAGAGUGUAGGAAAUGUUUUUCUAGACACUCUGGCCUCAUGAGUCACCAGAGAGUCCACACGGGAGAGAAACCAUACAGAUGCCCAGAAUGUGGGAAAUGUUUUGCUCGGAGAUCGUAUCUUUGGAAUCACAAGAAACUUCAUACAGGAGAAAAACCAUACAAAUGCCAGGAAUGUGGGAAAUGUUUUUCUCAGAAUGCACACCUCCUUGGCCACUGGCGAAUCCACACAGGGGAAAGGCCAUUUAAAUGCCUGGAGUGUGGAGAAGGUUUUGCUCAGAUUUCAUCUCUUGCACACCACAAGAGACUCCACACAGGAGAGAAACCAUACCAAUGCCAGGAGUGUGGGAAAUGUUUUGCUCACAGCUCACACUUUUUAAGGCACAAGAGGCUUCACACAGGAGAGAAACCGUACAAAUGUGAGGACUGUGGGAAAUCUUUUGCUCAGAAUGCACACCUUCUAGGCCACCAGAGAAUCCAUACCGGAGAGAAACCAUACAAAUGCGAGGAGUGUGGGAAAUGUUUUGCUUGCAGUUCAUAUCUUGUGACCCACCAGAGACUUCACACAGGAGAGAAACCCUACAGAUGCCCAGAAUGUGGGAAAAGUUUUGCUCGGAGAUCAUACCUUUGGAAUCACAAGAAACUCCACACAGGAGAAAAACCAUACAAGUGUGAAGAGUGUGGGAAAUGUUUUGUUCAGAGACAACACCUAGUAAGCCACCAGAGAAUCCACACCAGAGAGAAACCCUAGAAAGACCAGGAGUGUAGAAAUUAUUUUGCUUACAAUUUACUCUUUCUGAGAUACAAAAGACUUCACACCAAAGUUGUUGUUUAUUCAUUCAGUCACUUACGACUCUUUGUGACCUCAUGGACCAGUUCACACCAGAGUUUCCCUGUCAGCCGUGGCCACCCACAGUUCCUUCAGAGUCAAGCCAGUCACUUCAAGGAUACCAUCCAUCCACCUUGCCCUUGGUCGGCCCCUCUUCCUUUUUCCUUCAAUUUUCCCCAGCAUCAUUGUCUUCUCUAAGCUUUCCUGUCUUCUCAUGAUGUGGCCAAAGUACUUCAUCUUUGCCUCUAAUAUCCUUCCCUCCAGUGAGCAGUCGGGCUUUAUUUCCUGGAGUAUGGAGUGGUUGGAUCUUCUUGCGGUCCAAGGCACUUGCAGAAAUUUGCUCCAGCAUCACAGUUCAAAAGCGUCUGUCUUCCUUCCUUAUGGUCCAGCUCUCACAUCCAUAUGUUACUACAGGGAGUACCAUUGCUUUAACUAUGUGGAUCUUUGUUGCCAGUGUGAUGUCUCUACUCUUCACUAUUUUACUGAGAUUGGACAUUGCUCUCCUCCCAAGAAGUAAACGUCUUCUGAUUUCCUGGUUGCAGUCUGUGUCUGCAGUAAUCUUUGCAUCUUGCAGUAAUCACACCAAAGAGAAACCAUUAAAAUGCCAGGAGCACGAGAAGUGUUUUACUCAGAAUAGGCACUUUCUAGGUCACUGGAUAAUUCAUAUAGGAGAAGAACCUAUGAAAUACCGGGAGUGAGGUAAAUGCUUUGCUCACCAUCCAGAUAUUGUCGCCAUCCAAGAAACCCUACAAAUGCCAGUAGUAUGGGGAAGGUUUGGCUUAGUGCCAUCGCUUGUGCAUUUGAACAAAACCUUAAGACUGAGCACAGGAGAGAAACCAUACCAAUGACAGGAGUGUGGGGAUUGUUGUAAAACUUCAGACUUUGUGAGACAAGAAACUUAAGAUGUGAAAAAGGGGAACCAUACAAAUGGUAGGAGUUUGGGAAAUGUUGCUGGGGAUAGAAACAUUGUUUUCAGAGACUUCACACAAGACAGAAACCCUAUAAAUGCCAGGAGUGGGAAACGUGUUUUGCUCAGACUAUCUCUUGUGUACCUCAAAAAAAUCCACACAGGAGAGAAACCAUACCAAUGUUAGAAACAGUAGAAAUGUUUUGUUUUUAGUUCUUACCUUGUGAAGCCCAAGAGAGAACACAGAAUUUUUUAAAAAAAUGUUACAACUCACCUGUAUGGGGCUAAUUUCCAGAUUAAAGUUUUGGAAUUAUUAAAAAGUAUGGACAGAAAUAAAACCUGAGGGGCAACUAAUCCUA